CUGAAAGUAGAGGCGCUUCUUUCGUCUGUCAGUUUCGUUACUGUCAUCUGUCUCUUUCUAUUUUGUCUGUUCUUUCAUUAGUUCUUUUUGGUGCGUUGAAAAUACAAAAUGGUUAACGUACCGAAGCAACGUCGAACCUUCUGCAAGAAAUGCAAGGUCCACAAGCCACACAAAGUGACUCAGUACAAGAAAUCCAAGGAACGUCACGCUGCGCAAGGUAGGAGACGUUACGACAGGAAACAGCAGGGUUUCGGAGGUCAAACGAAGCCUAUUUUCCGUAAAAAGGCUAAAACCACAAAGAAAAUCGUGUUGAGGAUGGAGUGCAGCGACUGCAAAUACCGUAAACAGGUCCCUCUCAAGCGGUGCAAGCAUUUCGAGCUUGGAGGAGACAAGAAACGUAAAGGACAGAUGAUUCAGUUUUAAGUUAUCGCGAUGUUAAGUUAACUUUCAAAUGAAUAGACUGUUUGUAUAUAAAA